GCGCGGGCGGGGCGAGGCCGUGCGCGAUGGGGGCCCGCGGGCCGUGCCCGCCGCUGGCCCCGCUGUUGGCCCUGGCCCUGCUGGCCCUGGCGGGGCCCGCCCGCGCUCUGCAGAAUGUCACCGCUCAGCUCUUCGGGCCCGAGGCCCGUGGGACCCUGGCGGCCUUCGGCGACUUCAACUCGGACAAGCAGACGGACCUGUUCGUGCUGCGCGGCGGAAAUGAGUUGGUGAUCUUUUUGGCUGACCAGAAGGAGCCCUACUUUAAGCCCCGUGUUAAGCUACCUAUGAAAUCUCUUGGUGUCACCAUAACCAGUGUAGUUCCUGGAGAUUAUGAUGGAGAUUCCCAAAUGGAUGUCCUCCUCACUACCCAGGCCCCAAGUCAAGGCAAAGAUGAACUUUCAGUGUAUAUUUUCUGGGGACACAACCAAACGUUAGAUCUUAACCACAAAACUAUGUUAAAUAAGACUUUUCAUGAUGAGCCUUUAGUAAUGGACUUUAAUGGAGAUUUGAUUCCUGAUGUGUUUGGUGUGACGAGUGAGUCGAGUAAGCCGCAGAUCCUGCUGGGCGGGAACUUGUCAUGGCAUCCUGCCUUGGAAACUCAAAGUAAAAUGUAUAUACCACACUCUCAUGCCUUUAUUGAUUUAAAUAAUGACUUCACUGCUGAUUUGUUCCUUACCACGUCACCAAAUGCCAAAACCAUUCAGUUUGAGACGUGGGUAAAUAAGGAUGGGAACUUCUCCAAAGUUGGAAGGAGUAAGGAAAUGCCCAGUGGUGCCAAAGUUGUUGGGCAGUCUGUGUUUGCAGAUUUUGAUGGGGAUGGACAAAGUGAACAUUUAUUACCAGUCUGUGAAGAUGAAACGUGUCAGAGAAGUGCCAUCUACCUAACCAAGCUGGGACUGGACCAGUGGAUUCCAGUCCUGCAAGACUUCAGAAAUAAAGACACCGUCUGGGGCUUUGUACCAUAUCAAAAUGACAAAUCUUCAACAGAAAUUUCAUUUCCAAUUACACUUCACAUUGGAGAUUACAAUAUGGAUGGCUACCCAGAUGCACUUGCUAUACUGAAGAACACUUCUGGAAGCAAUCAACAAGCGUUUUUACUAGAAAAUGUCCCGUGCAACAACGCGAGCUGCAGGAGCGUGCGGCGCAUGUUCAGGGUGUUCUGGGAGCUCUCGGAUCUCAAUCAGAUCAAGGAUGCAGUGGUAGCGACCUUCUUUGACAUCUAUGAGGAUGGUAUCUUGGAUAUCAUUGUGCUAAGCAAAGGCUACUCCAACAAGGACUUUGCUAUCCAUACAUUGAAAAAUAACUUUGAAGUAGAUGCCUAUUUUGUUAAAGUUAUUGUUCUCAGUGGCCUGUGUUCUAAUGACUGCCCUCGGAAAAUAACACCCUUUGGAGUUAAUCAGCCUGGUCCUUACAUCAUGUACACCACUGUAGAUGCAAAUGGGUACCUGAAAAAUGGGUCAGCUGGCCAGCUGAGCCAGUCAGCACACUACGCUCUGCAGCUGCCCUACAACGUGCUGGGCUUGGGCCGCAGCGCCAACUUCCUGGACCACUUGUACGUCGGCAUCCCUCGGCCCUCAGGAGAAAAGUCCAUAAGAAAACAAGAAUGGACAGCUAUCAUACCAAACUCCCAGCUUAUAGUCAUUCCCUAUCCUCAUAAUGUUCCUCGAAGCUGGAGUGCCAAGCUGUAUUUGACCCCAAGUAACAUUGUACUGCUAACAGCUAUAGCCUUAAUUGGUGUCUGUGUUUUCAUCCUGGCAAUAAUUGGCAUAUUACACUGGCAAGAAAAGAAAGCAGAUGACAGAGAGAAGCGACAGGAGGCUCAUCGGUUCCAUUUUGAUGCUAUGUGACAUGCCUUAAUAUUUAUGAAGGAGCUGCUACUCAUUUGCUUAAUUGAAAGACUAAAUUCUGAUUUUUAAAAUUAUUACCAUGAAAGUACUGUUGGUGUGUUAUUUGUAAAUGUUGCAUUAUCUGGUAUUUAUUUGGAAAGUAUUAAAAUUAGACCUGAAUGUCUCACAAGGCCUUUCAGUUAAGAGACUGUAUAUAAUAGCAUUUGGCCUUUAUUUAACAGAACUGUAAAUUUAUUUUUCUUAGUAAAGGGUUCAAAUUGCAUGUACCAUUGUUUAUGUACCAAUUCUUUAGUAAUAUUUGAUAGAAAGAAAGGUGUGUAAAUGAAGUGUAGCAUUUCAGCAAGCAGAAUACCUUGUAUCACUUGAUUUGGUCUUGUCCUUUAUUCAUUCCUGCAAAACAACCUGGUUUUUGAAAAUUAAACUUGUGAAAUUUCUCAGAUGACUUAAUUGUUAAUUAUUUUGAUUGCAUUAAAUGGUGCUUAACCUAAAGUAUUCUGUAUUUUUCUUUGUUUAAGUCCAUAUGUGUAAUAGUUAAAGAACUUAGGAAUUAGAGAAGUGAAAGGAACCUGAGUGUAAUGCUAGUUCAGCCAUCCUGGGAUGGAUGCAGUAUUUAUGUGUGCUAUUUCUAGGGAGAAGACGACGCAUUAAAAAAUUAAAAUCAUAAAAAUGUAUCAGCAUUACAUAAACUGCUUUUAUAAUUAAAAUAUAACCACAUUUAUUUUAGAAAGGCACAAAGUCAUUAUGAAAGGAACUAGUUUUUUUAUAUAAUAAAUGUAUGGGAUUUUUUGUUUGGUUUUGUUUUUCAAGAAGUUAACAUUUUUGAGGAGAGAUUGGCGAUUGAUGCCCUAAAAUGUAUUGCUAAGUGAUGAGAUAUGCAAAAAUCAAAUUAAAAUGUAAUAGGACACUCAGAACAAUCAAUGCACAUUUUCUAUGUACACUGCUAUCCCCAAAUCUCAUAAGGCUGUAAUAGUGACAGAAGACUUGUCUCUCAACUUUAAAUAUUUUAAGUGAUGAUAAAGUUACAGUUGCUCAGUGUACUUGGGAUCCUGGAAGAAUCUCUGAGAAUAAUCAUGCUUUUAUUUUA